AUGCAUAACGCGGAGGACAUCUCUAAAAUUACCCAUCAGGUUUGCAGUUCUUGGAACGUGACUGACGAUAACAAAUAUAACAGUUUGCAAAUGGCAAUGAUCCAUUCUGCUUGGAUCGACUCACGCAUUCGCAGUGAUACCGAUUGGUUCCCACCACCGAUAUGCAUUUAUUACCCAAAAAUGUUCGACAAGCGCUGUUGCCAGAUAUAUUCAGAUUGUGAGGGCUCACUGGCUCCCGUUUUGAACGCUCAUAGAAAAGCGCCCAGUAGCAAGUUUGCACUCCGCUUACAAGUCUCAUUGGAUCCCCAGAUA